GAGGAGCCCGGCUCCGAAAGGUCAGUGGGUCCGCCAGGAGGUGGGGGUGGGGCCUGGGCUGGACUGGUACGUCUCCGCCCGGAGUCGGCGGCUGCAGCAGCCUGGCUUGGGCUGGGCUGGGCAGCGCCCCUGGUCCGCCCGGGAGGCUCCCCAGCACCCACCUCCUCCUCCCAACCCGGGGAGCAGAGCUUGGGGUCCCGCCUCAGGAGGGAGAAAGGGCUGGGAGCCGCCCCUUCUGGCCUCAGUUUCCCUUCCUGUAAAAGGGGCGGAGGCAGGGGAGAAUCCAGGUAUGCCGCAGAUACUGGCAUCUGGUCCAGCCUGAACACUAGUCUCUUUUUCGGGUGCCUCGGGCAGAGAUGUGAUUCUGGUCCUGCUCCCAAUCCACGAAGAAGGCCCAGCUCCGCCUGCCUGGACUGGCCAUGCCCUGUGACCGGAGGGUGGCCUCGUCUUUCCGUUACGGAGUGACCAUCACUGGGGCGGUGGUCCUGGUCACCGGGACGCUCUGCUUUGCCUGGUGGAGCGACGGGGACAUGGAGCCCUCUCUGAGCCCUCAGACGAAAGCUUCCCUCCCGGGGAGGGCAGCCCCCGUGGCCGGCACCCGCGCUCCCCCCGCCGCGCCCCCCAGCGCCCUCCUGAGGUCCGUCAGCUUCUUCUGCUGCGGCGUCGGGGGGAUGCUCCUCCUCUGGGGCCUGCUCUGGUCAGCCAAGGCCAACGUGCGGGCGGCCCCUCGAUGCUAUCCCAGCCGGCUUCCCAGGAGCCUGGGCUACCUCACGGCCGAGCCUGCCGAGAAGUGGAGCCACAGUAGCUGGGCAUCUACCUCAGUCCCCACCUAUGAGAUGGCCAUGAGCUGUAGCCCUCCUGUCCCAGAAGAGGAAGAGGAGAGUGGACCACCUCCAUACAGCAGAACAAAUGGCUUGGCACCAGGAGGACUGACUCGAAGCAUAUCAGAUGGGGCACUGUUGGUCCCUCCCCAGCCAGAAAUGUGGGGAAAUCAAGGCAUAGGCUGGGUCAGCCCCCCACCUAGCUAUGAGAGCAUCAAUGCCUAUGGCCUAUGACUGAUACCCCAGCCUGAACCAAGGUCUUCUUUGGACGUUUGAUAACUGAUGCCAGCCAGGUGGGGGCUAACAAGGAAUCCAGUUGGAGGAGUUAAAGCCCAUGCUGGCUUCUGUCGACUCUCCAGAGACAAUAUUUAGUUGAGGCUAAUAGCCUUGGUUCUCAGGAGUCAAAAAGAGGUGAUAUUUGGACUUGAAUCCAGGUUAGACCUGGAUUUGCAUCCUCAAUGGAUCAUUGCCUUGUUGUGUGACUGAACAAAUGCUUUUGCUUCUCUUGUUUUUUUCUUACUUGAAAAACAAGAAUCUUAAUCCCUGCCCUCUAGACCUCUGAGUGAUGUAGCAUCAGAUGAGAUAACAAAUCUGAAAUAAUUUUGUAAACUAGCGUAUAAUAGAGAUGUGAGGAAUUGUCUUUA